AUAAUUUCGACUUUGUGACGCUAACAUCCUUUUUUUAGCUUUCGUUGAGAACAAAAUAAAGUUGGCGGGUGAAGGUGUUUAGGCAUUUACAUGAGGUACCACUUUAGCGGCGUGUGUGUUAAGGAGAAAGUGCUAUGCUGGAGGUGAAGGCCUAAUUAAUGACCAUGAAGACAACAUUCUGUGUGAGAAGGUUGAACCCUGCCAUCUUCCUUUUUCUGGCUGUCAUUGCCUUAAUCUUUGUGCUAUAUCACAUGGAUAUUUUACAGUUUCAGCCUGAACUCAACUCCUCCAUCAUCAUGCCAAGAGUUUCCCCUCAUCAUAUCGUUAAUCACAGAUUCUGCACCUUCCAGCCACGGUCCCCCCAGGACGCCUUGGAGGAACGCCUCAUACUAGACUCCAUUGCUUGGCCUGAAACUCCACUUUUACCAUCUCCUGUUUCCUUGGAGCAGACAACUGAUCCAGCCCACAGCACCUUCACCAUCCUCCCAGGGAGGAAAGGGGGGCAGUGGCAUGUAGGGGACCAGCUGGAGGUUAUGAUACAAACCUUUGACUUCAAAGGUCGUCCCAAGAAGUCUGGGGGGGACUUCCUGACCGCCCGUCUGCACAACCUGAAGCUUGAAGCAGGUGUGGCUGGUCAAGUUGUGGAUCAUCUGAAUGGGAGCUACUCUGCUGUGUUCUCUUUGCUCUGGGAAGGAGACGCACGUGUUGAGGUGACUCUGGUUCACCCUGGCGAAGCUGUCACUGUGCUAAACAGGCUGAACAGAGAACAGCCUGACAGGAGUUACUUCAAGAGCCUCUACCGCUCAGGCUCACUCUCUGAAACCACCAUCUGUAACGUCUGCCUCCGGCCAACCCAACAGCCUGUGUGUAACCACACUGACCUCCGAACAGGCGAACCUUGGUUCUGCUACAAGCCAAAGAGCCUGAGCUGUGAUACCAGGAUCAACCACUUCAAGUUAGCAUUCAAACAUAACCUGCCAGCCGAGGAGGAGAAGCUCUUUCAGAGUGGUGUUAACCUGAAAGUCUCCAUUCAGGCUACAGGACCUUCCGACGUCACUGUGUUGCCAGAAGAGGAUGGUCAGCUGAAGGUGAAGAGCAGCUCUGUGACAUCUCUACCAUCUGGUUAUUACUACCAGGGUGUGUGGCGAGCACUGGGAGGCACCACAGUAUCUCAAUUCAACACGUCUGCCAUCACUAAGUGUCUGAAAGGCAAAGCAGUCCACAUGUAUGGAGACUCCACAGUGAGGCAGUGGUUUGAAUUUCUCAACGCAGUAUUACCAGGUCUUAAGGAAUUUGACUUACACAACCCCAGAUACGUUGGACCUUUUAUGUCUUUGGACAAUGGGAACAACAUCUUGGUGAGGUACCGCUGCCACGGUCCUCCUCUUCAUUGGACCACUAUCCCAAGAGCAGAGCUUCGUUACAUUGCUAAUGAGCUAGAUGACUUGAACGCAGGCCCCAACAACAUCGUAGUCCUCAGCAUCUGGGCUCACUUUGGCACUUUCCCCAUGGAGAUCUACAUCAGGAGGCUACAGAGCAUCCGUAGGGCGGUGGUGCAGCUGCUGGACACAAAUCCCGGCACGCUGGUCAUCAUCCGGACUGCAAACCCCAGAGCUUUGAGCCUUCAAGUGUCCCUAACCAACAGCGACUGGUAUUCACUGCAGUGUGAUAAGGUGCUCAAAGCCAUGUUCAAAGGACUGAAAGUUCAUCUGAUCGAUGCCUGGGAAAUGACCCUGGCCCACCACCUGCCGCACAACAUCCACCCACCACCUCCCAUCAUUAAGAAUAUGAUAAACUGUCUGUUGUCUUAUAUAUGUCCUCAAAAGCAUGGUUAGAUGUUUGUGUUUUGGGGGUGCAGACUGUGUAUUUGAACACAUGUUAAGGUUAUCUCAGAAUUUACAGCAAGUUUCUUUUAUCACCAAAUGCUCAGACUACAUCAAUAAUCAGAUCACAUCACAAAUUCCCCUAAAAGGAAUUUACAAUCUCCAUAUAUACAAAGUGUCACGGUUUGCGUCUUUUUCCUGUUUUAUUUUGUAGUUUCAUGUCUCUUGGUUCCCUGGGUUGGCUUCACUUCCUGCCUUGUCCUGUGAUUGCCUGAUUGUUUCCACCUGUGUCCAAUCACCUGCACCUCCCCAGUACAUUUAAGCCCUGUGUGCCUGUUGUCCCCUGUCGCGUCAUUGUUGAGUUUUUUCCACGUCUAAUCGUAGACAUUGAAAAAACGUCUAUGUUUAGACCAGAUUUCAACGUGAUUUUUGAAACGGUAAAAUCUCGUCCUCUACUUUGUGCUAUAGCAUUAUUGUAUAGGUUAAGAAAGAAAUGAUGUCCACAUUUGUACGUUUACCACCAAUAUUAAAAUCACAUUAAAAACGUGUCUAAACAUAGACGUAUUUUAAACGUUUCUUCAAUGGAUAAAUUGCUCACUGGAAACUUACAAGUUACACACUUAGUCACAGUGGUCACAGAUGUCAACAGCCCUUAACAAGGACAACACAUUUGAUUAAUUUGUAUUCAUUAAAAUCAAUAUAACAUUAUGAAAAUAAAACUCACUUCAACUGGGCAAAACUUAAGAGAGAACAGCAGAGGGGUAAGUGUGUACAAAAAGAACAACUUAAAGAUGUACAGUAUGUUUAAUUCCUACAACAAAAAAUAUUCAAAUGUUGAGAAUGGUACGCCUGGUGUGAAAACUGCAUAACUACCGUCACUAUGGAAUGCCAGUUAUCCUAAACAACACAACAAAAAUAAUUCAACUUACUUUUGUCUUGGUUUAGAUUUUCAUGUGCUGUAAGUUGCCCUUGUUUCAUAGCGGUUCUGUAUUUUGUUACCUGGCUAUGGUUGGUGCUUUUUCACUACUUUGUUUCCGCCUUCCGGUGUAACUGAGAUGCCUCCCGUAUGCUAGUGAAAUGCUCUCACGUUGUAUAGUGAAAUGCUCUCAGGUUGUAUAGUGAAAUGCUCUCACGUUGUAUAGUGAAAUGCUCUCAGGUUAUAUAGUGAAAAGCUCUCACGUUGUAUAGUGAAAUGCUCUCAGGUUGUAUAGUGAAAUGCUCUUACGUUGUAUAGUGAAAUGCUCUCACGCACACUAGUGAGAUGGCACGAGUGUCUCAGUAGUGUGCAUGAGAAGUUCUCAAUAGUAUGUAUGAAAGUGUGAGAGUAAGCUUUUAUUUCAUAAUGGCACUCCAUUUCACGUUCAUAUAUGCAAAUCAGGGGGGCGUGGCUAUUUCUCACAUUCAGAACAGACAACAGAGCCGUGUGCAAAAAAGAGGCUGGCUAAGCCAUUGUGAAAUAAAAGUGCCAUUAUGAAAUAAAAGUCUCUUGAAAUAAAUAAAAGUGCCAUUAUGAAAUAAAAGUACCAUGAAAUAAAUAAAUGUGU